AUGCCUAAUGUCACUGAAAUAACUGGAUUCAUCCUUAAGGGGUUCUCUGACAUCAAGGACAUACAGACUUUAUGUGGAAUAUUCUUUCUAGUGAUUUACAUGGCAAUCCUAAUAAGCAACCUGAUCAUCAUCACUCUUACCACCCUUGAUAUGCAGCUUCAAACACCCAUGUAUUUUUUCCUGAAGAAUUUGUCCUUGUUGGAUGUCUUCUUUGUGUCAGUUCCAAUCCCGAAUUUCUUUGUCAGUAGCUUAACUCACAACAGUUCCAUUUCCAUUAUUGGUUGUUCCCUCCAAGUAUUUUUAAUGACUUCUUUCUCAUCAGGGGAAGUUUUUGUCCUGACUGCCAUGUCUUAUGACCGCUAUGUUGCCAUUUGCAGUCCCCUGCACUAUGAUGCCAUCAUGAGUAGUGGUACCUGUGUGCUGAUGGUGGGUGUUUCCUGGGCUACUGGAGUACUCUUUGGAGCCAUAUAUACAGCUGGCACAUUUUCUAUGUCAUUUUGUGGCUCCAAUGUGAUCCCACAGUUUUUCUGUGAUGUACCCUCAUUACUAAGAAUUUCAUGUUCCAAAAUGCUUUUGGUAAUUUAUACAAGCCUUGGAAUUGGUGUCUGUCUAGGCAUUUCAUGUUUUCUAUGCGUGAUGAUCUCUUACUUUCACAUAUUAUCCGAAGUUCUUAAGAUUCCUACUAAUAAGGGUCAGUCCAAAGCAUUUGCCACAUUCAUUCCUCAUCUCACUGUUUUCACUGUUUUUAUUGUUACUGCUUGCUUUGUGUUUCUGAAGGCUCCCUCAGGUGUACCAUCAAUAACAGAUAGGCUUUUUUCUAUGUUCUACACUGUGUUACCUCCAGCAAUAAAUCCUUUGAUCUAUAGCCUGAGAAACAAUGAUGUCAAGUGUGCCUUCAGGAGGCUACACCAAAAUCUCUGCUCAAGGAGUCCACUUCACUUAACAUCUCAAAGUAUCUGUCAAUGGUAUAGUACCUCACAAGUUAUAAGGAAGUUUUGUAAUUUUUGA